GCAACGUGUUGCUUUGUUUAUGUUUACAUUUCCUUAUCUCGUGCUUAUCUCUCUGAUUUUUGUCUGCAUGUCUGAUUUUGCAAAAAUAAUUUUAAAACUUAGUUAUUCUUUACAUUUCAAUUGUUUAACACACUAAUUCCAUGGUAUUAAAUGUUUUGUGAAGUGUAUACACUAUCAGUCGUUCGUUUCACCGGUAGAUAAUUCUCAAUUUGAUCAGUCAUUAUGCUUCUUGGAAUCUAAACACCGAUUAUGGACCUUACAUUUUUAUUUGCCAAAUUUUCACAAUGCUGAAACUAUCAAUAAUCGUAGCUUGUAUCUCCAUACUUUUAUUUUACCUGUACUCCUUUAACAAUCUAGCAAUUCUCAUCCCCAGCUUAAUGAAAUUUGCAAGCGAUGUUCGCCACUCAAUCGUUCGAUUCAGCGAAGAGUUUAUCAAUGAGAAAUAUUUAAAGAAUACAGCAUCAUCCGAGAGGUUGUUCAGCAUCUCUGAUUUGAGUGAUUUCAAUGGAGAAACCAGAAAGGAGCUGUACUUAGCUAUCCUCGGAAAUGUCUUCGACGUUACGCAAGGCCAAAAAUUUUAUGGACGUGGAGAAUCAUAUCAUCACUUUAUUG